GGUCCAUUUGGUAUGACAAGUAGCAGAAGUAACGCAAUCGGCCAAGAAUCGACAUCCCAUGAAAAGCUCCACGAUAUCGCACAAGGAACAAUGGAAACAGGUUCAGUUGGCUCACCGGAGAGUCCACUUAAAAAAAUUGAAGGAAUUUCCCCGGAUCAGCAAAGUCUGCUUUGUGCUGGUAAAGAACUAGAAGAUGGAAAUACUUUGAGUGACUACAUCUUUGUGAAAACGAUGACUGAAAAGAUUAUCACUUUGGAUGUGGAACCCUCAGACACCAUAGCAAAUGUGAAAACAAAAAUCCAAGACGAAGAAGGAAUCCCACCGGAUCAGCAGCGUCUUAUCUUUGCUGGUAAAGAACUAGAAGAUGGCUGUACUGUGAGUGAUUACAAUAUUACGAGAAGAUGUACUUUACACUUAGUUUUACGAAGUAGCAGUGGCAUGCAAAUCUUUGUUAAGACUCUUACAAGCAAUAUUCUCACUUUAGACGCGAAACCUUCAGAUUCGAUUAGGAAUGUAAAACUGAAAAUUCAGGACAAAGUGGGUAUUCCACCAAGCCAGCAACAUCUGAUCUUUAGGAGGCAAGAACUCAAAGACCACCAAACGUUAGAUAAAUACAGAGUUAUAGACAAAUCAACUGUGCAUUUGCGACUCGAGGACGAACUUGGAAGAAUCCUGAUCACGGUGGAGACUCCGACUGGAGAGAAGAUAUCUAUAAAUGCCUCGCCAAGUGAUGAUUUUGAGAGCCUGAAAAGAGAAAUCUGUGAUAUAACAGGGAUUCCAAUUAAUCAGCAACACCUUAGCUUUGUUGGCCAGAAAGUCUUCGACGACCACCUUCCUCUGAGUGAGUACGACAAUCAAGUUGAAUUAUCCUUGCGACUGGAUAUUGAAAAAAAGAAGAAGAAUAAAUUCCUAAUUCAUGUGAAGACACGAUCUGGAAAGAUGAAGAUCACAACAGAGGCUGUAUCGGCAGACACUAUCCAGGAUGUGAAAACAAAAAUAACAGAAGAGAUGGGAACACCGGCAAAUCAGCUACAACUCAUGUUUGACAACCAGAAACUUAAAGAUGAACAUCGCACUUUGAAAAGCUACAACAUCACCAGAGACUCCACGAUUGAACUAGUUAUCGGAAGAAAGCAUUUAGUCGAGAUGCACACUCACGUAUAGAAGCAGAACGGUAUUAAAAUCGUAAGAGGUGCAUCACCGGAGGAUAACAUUAGAAAUGUGAAAGAGAAAAUAUGAAAGACAUGACAAGAACACCGGCUAACGAGCAAGGAAUCAUUUUUUAUUACAAAAGACUCAAAGGUGACAACACCUGAGCAAUUUAGGACCAUUAAGGCGUAGAACGUGAAUCCACACUGACUGUGAUCACUGUAUCUCUGACACUGUUUCAUAUACUCUGUUGGUAACGACUGAUCCCUCCUCCGUUCAUCAGGCGGGAAAUAACGACUGACCCCUUAUCGCCGGUGUAAUGAAGUCAAUGAAAGGCUCUGCAAGAAUAAAUCAAAAUGAUAACGAACUUUUAUCUUUUGCCUUUCUUAGGGUGUCGCUGUGAAAAAGAAUUUCCUCAAAUUAGGAAGCGUUUGCAAGAGAUGUAGGAAUAUAACUUUCAAUAGCCUUUUUCUACAGAGAAAUUAAUGAUAACAUUUAUUUUCCAAUAUUCAUGCGUGAGUCUCAAGAUAUCGCGCGCUAACUAUGUAACAGUCGUUUUGUUAAAACACAUUUCUUUCGUGAAUUUGAUGCUAGUCUCUUUCGCAACCUUUCUACGGGAUGUCACGCCGUUCUCCCUCGCGUGACAUCUGAAGGAGACUUUGAAAGUCUUUAAUCAUAUACAAUGAAAUUAUUCUGUAUUUUUAACCACAAACUAUACUCAAUUUUAUCAGCAUCUUUUUAAGUACAAAUUUGAUGUUAGACGAGAUGAAGAUGAACAUUUUCCUUUAUAAACCUUUUUUUAUAACCCAUAAUUUUGAGAAACGCCAUUGAAACAUGACGUUUUCCCUAGCGUGACAACAAAUGUACUACCAAAGUAUAUAGCUUUAGAAACUUUUAGUGGUGGCAAUUUACAUUAUUAACUCAGCUGGUAAACAAAAGAUGAUGAAGGCACUAGACAGGAGUUUCGAAACAUUGUGUCUAUGAAUUGUAAUUUUUCGGUUACAUUUAUUAAAUCUUUAAACCAGACCAGCAUCAAACCGUGUCUGAUUGUUCACCUGGUUGCCUUGUGAACUUUAAUAUAGUUUGAUACUGUUUCCACUCAAAUGGGCGCCGUCUUCUAUCCUAGUUUCCUUUUUCCACA